AUGCCACUCAACAACUUCCUGCUCGUUCGGGACUUUCUGGUCCCCCGACUGGACCAAAAGAUCUACGGAAGCAGUCUCCAAUGGGUCAACCGAAAUACUGGUACAUUUAAAAUCUGCUGGGUUCACCAGGGAAGCAAGGCAUGGAGCACAGAAAUGGGACGCAUGUUCAAGGACUGGGCCUUGAUGAAGAACAAGUGGGAUGAGGGCGAUCCAGACCGCAUGGUCAAGGCGAAGCAAAGAAUCCGAGCCGCAUUCAGCAGGCAUCGGUUCGUGCAGAGGCUUCCUAUGAAAUCCCUGGCCUUCAGGCUGUACCGGAUCAGGGGUUUUAAAAGUUUCGUGACCUGCCAGAAAAAACCAGAAGGAAAGGCAGAACCAAAGCUCAGGUCAGCCACACCCACUGGUCUGUUCACCGGUCCAGUUUCAUGGCCUAUGAGCGAGUUCGUCGAAGAGUUUGUCUGGUUCUUCGAUGAAUUCGAAAUCUUUUCCAAUGACAUGUCGUUGCCUCGACCGUGGUGGUGGGAAGUGAGUAAAGAUUAUUGCGUUUUCAUAAAUUUCAGUGUUGCACAGCAAUAUUAUUGGUACAUAUAA